CUAGUGUUGGGAUAUUGUCGUUUCUAUGGGUUCCAAAACCUUAAUCCCAUAUUCAUUGUUAUGUAGUUGAGCUUGAGUUGAAGAGUGGAUAAACCCAUGGCUUCAAAAUAUCUAUCCUUCUCUUCUUCCCUUCUUCCGUCUCCAACCACUCCAACUCCCAACCAGUGGAAGAAGAACACCCUCAACAAACCCACCACCUUGGGACUGGUUCGUUCUGCAUUCGCUGCUCCUUCUAGAACCACUUCUUCAUCUUCUUCUGGUACCAACAAGAGAAUCUGGAAGAAAGGAGAGUACCCUGGAUUCUCUGAGACAUCUCUUCCUGGGGCUCGAAGGAAUCCGCCCAUAAAGAAUGUUAAGAAGAAGCUGGACCGCCAGAACAAAGCCAAGGCCUGGGCCUGCACCGUUACUGAAACCUUGUCCGACCAUAUCGACAACAAGCAAUGGCUCCAAGCUCUUCAGGUGUUUGACAUGCUCAGAGAACAGCCUUUCUAUCACCCUAAAGAAGGGACUUACAUGAAACUUUUGGUUCUCCUUGGAAGAUCUGGGCAACCCCAUCAUGCUCGUAAGCUUUUUGAAACUAUGGUGGAAGAAGAAUUAGACCCCACUGCUGAACUGUAUACAGCCUUACUUCAAGCUUAUUGUCGAAACAAUCUUAUUGAUGAGGCGUUCUCUAUUUUAAACAAGAUGAAAACCCUUCCCAACUGCCAGCCUGAUGUUUUUACUUAUAGUACCUUGAUAAAGGCCAGCAUUGAUUCUUCACAGUAUGAGUUAGUUGAGUCCUUGUAUGAAGAAAUGAACGAACGACAAAUUAGUCCUAACACAGUCACCCAGAACAUAGUGUUGAGUGGAUAUGGCAGGGCUGGGAAAUUUGAGCAGAUGGAGAAAGUGUUGUCAGGUAUGCUGGAGAGCACAAGUUGUAAGCCUGAUGUUUGGACAAUGAACAUUAUCAUCAGUGUGUUUGGAAACAUGGGCCAGAUUGAAAUGAUGGAAAGAUGGUAUGAAAAGUUCCGUAACUUUGGGAUUGAACCAGAAACACGCACUUUUAAUAUAUUGAUUGGUGCUUAUGGGAAGAAACGAAUGUAUGAUAAAAUGUCAUCUGUGAUGGAGUAUAUGCGGAAGCUUCAAUUUCCUUGGACGACCUCAACUUACAACAACGUAAUUGAGGCGUUUGCUGAUGUUGGAGAUGCAAAACACAUGGAAUGCACAUUCGAUCAGAUGCGUGCAGAAGGUAUGAAACCAGACACAAAAACAUUCUGCUGCCUUAUUAAUGGUUAUGCUAAUGCAGGCCUCUUCCAUAAGGUAAUCAGCAGUGUUAAGUUGGCUGGAAAGUUUGGGAUACCUGAGAAUACUUCGUUUUAUAAUGCGGUGAUAUCAGCGUGUGCAAAGGCCGAUGAUUUGAUAGAGAUGGAAAGGGUAUUUCAGCGGAUGAAAGACAAGGGAUGCGUACCAAAUUUAACAACUUACUCUAUAAUGGUUGAUGCUUAUAGAAAGGAAGGUAUGAAUGACAAGAUUUACUAUUUGGAGCUGGAAAAACAGGAACUUGAGAAUAAAGCUAACAUGCCUGAGACUAAUAAGGACUUUGAAUCAAGUUCCAUGGACGAAUGAUUGAGACUCUUAGAUGGUCUUCUUUAGUCAAUGAAGCAUCGGUCUCUUUUGUCCGAAUUGUUGACUGCUUAGGGGGUACAAAGCUUCUCUAUCACAGGAUGGAUGAGGAAACAAGUGUAACCUCCUCAGUGAAACUACUGUAGAGUCCCAAAUAGAGACAUCUGAUACUUUAGGUGACAUAAUUUCAAUGACUGAUGUACAUACGAGAUUUAUACAUGGGGUUGAUCAGUGAACAAUUGCACACUAGAGGCAUAUCUUAAGCUAUUGUUCGAUAUUUUACAUUAGUCCAGAGAAGUAUAUGUAAGUUGCUUUCUUUUACUUCAUAUAAAGAAAGUUUACUUAUUUAUUUUUUUGUUUUCUUUUUCAACAUUGAAUAGACAGCCAGGGUAAUAUAGAGGCAUCUCAGGGUUUUGUUGUUGUGCUUUCUCCCCCCCUCUCUCUACGAACUGUGUAUUCUAAAGAAUCUGAUCAAUUAUUUUGGUAAGAAUCUGCUUUUGUCCGAUU